GCAGAGCUCUCAGUCAUUCAUCUCUCGGGGAGAGGAGAGGAAACUACAGACGGACGGGAACACAAACAAGAACAACAAGGAAGAUUUUUAUUCUAAAGUUCAGUGUUUAAUCUCUGAAGCUUCUUAUUUUAAACCAGCUGCAGUUUCCUUUCUACAGCCCAAAGUAUCGUGCUGCAGCUUUUCAUUCCUCUCUGCACGGAGAUACUUCCUCCUGUGCUCCUGGACUCUCCGAAAACCGAAGAAUUAAACUGUUUCCGAGGAGGGAAGCCCUCCGGCUGCACUCACAACGUGGAGAGAGGAGCUCGUAGGAAGGAGGGACUUUCCUCGGGAGGAGACCAGAGCGCUCCGGGUUGGAGCUCCGGGAAGAAGAAGAGGAGUAGGAAGAAGAGGAGGAGGAGGAGGAGGGAGCGCCUCGCUGAAGGGGAGCAUCCUCCCUGCCUUACAAACACACACCCGUAGACAACAAAGCUCCUGUGAUCUCAUAACAUACGGUUGCUGGAUAGCAGAGAGCGGUUAACCGCACCGUAAAAUAACAUUUAGGCAUCACAACAAAUUGCAACGGAAAUCCAUCACUGGGUCCCAAAGACAAAGUACAAGUUAAUUUGUCAGGACACACACAGAGACACACACACAGACACGCAAAGACAGACACCCGGGACGCUGCAGAAUGGAUCUCCCACCGAUCAGAGGUUUAUCUGAUGUGCCGUGAGCGUUGGGAGCCCCUCGCCCCAGCCCCGGCCUCCCCCCUGGUGCUACCCAGCCUGGCUCCUCAGGAUGGACCCCGCUCAUUCCUUCAGGACGGAGCUGGACCCCCAGCAGGUCCCAGUGCUGUCGCUCGACCAGAUACGUGCCAUCCGGGCCAACAAUGACUAUGUGGAGAGGCCCGUGGCGCUGGAACCGGCGUCCCUGUCCGGGUUUUUUUAUCCCCACGAAGACCGUUACCCUCAUGGAGUACACCCCCACCACCCACAGCCUUCUUUCCACUCGGCCCUGCCCCGCAGCCACAGUCAGCAGCACGCUCACCUGUCCCACCUGAGCCGUUCCAGUACCAUAAGCUCUUCCAUGUCUCGGACCAGUGCCACCCGGGACCAGCGGCUACUGGCGGGUCUGACGCCUUCCCGUUUCGACCUGGGUUCGGUGGUCCGCUCUCAGCCCAAAGGAGAACUCAAGCCUGACGCCUCCUUUCGCAAAGGCCCGGCGGAGGACGAGGAGCCGGGCCGCCACCUGUUCAUCUGCGAGCGGUGCGGUCGCUGCAAGUGCCGAGAGUGCUGCGCCCCCCGCCGCCUGCCCUCCUGCUGGGCCUGCGGACAACGCUGCCUGUGCUCCGCCGAGAGCGCCGUGGAGUACGGAACCUGCUUGUGCUGCGUCAAAGGCCUGUUCUACCACUGCUCCGCCCAGGACGACGAGGACAACUGCGCUGAUCGGCCGUGCUCCUGCGCCCCGGCCCACGCCUGUGCCCGCUGGGGCACCAUGGGGCUGCUGGCGCUCUGCCUGCCCUGCCUCUGCUGCUACCCCCUCGCCAGGCUGUGCCUUGCCCUGUGCCAGUGCGCCCACGACGCUCCACGCGCCCCGGCUGCAGGGCAGCAACACCAACACGGUUGCCGCAAGAUUUCCGCCUCCACCCUAACCCCGGUGCCCUCGCUCCGCAGCAAGGCACUGGAGAAGCCCUUAUGACAGGCCUGGAAUCGGACUCCACCCGGCCCGCCGCCAAAGCAACGCCGUCGCCAAUCAAGCGUGCCACAGCCGACGUUGUGACGACAAUGCCAAUGCGUCCCACCCACCUACAUAC